AUGGAAAACACAACGUCGAAACAAGGAGAUUUUUUAAUCACGUGUCAACACAAACUUCCCAAAGAAGAGCGUUCAGAUGGGAGUGGCGGAACGAAAGAGGUUCAUGUAGUAAUUAAGCAAAGUUCUUUUAUAGUUGUCAUUGUCUCCGAAACACACGUUCUUGAAGGGUGUACAGUGGACUGCACUCUUGUAUAUGACAACGUAGGUCUUACGGAGGUACACUAUAUUAACCAGAAACCAAUCUCUUAUACAGUGCAAAUAACUUCAGCUAAUACUAUAACUUGUGACAUCAGAAUUCUGGUUCUUUCAAGUCAACACGAAGAUAUGUUAUUUAAAGUUCUUUUUAAAAUUACUUCAAAGACUGGCGAAGUGUUGGGCAAUCUGUUCUCAUUUCCUCUGCGCGUGAUUUCUAAAGCGGAUGGGAAAAAGAAGAAUCUCACUAAACCACCUCGUCUCCCUCCAACUCAUCGCCCCGAACAAAAGGCUAAGCCUUUGACUCAACCCCCUAUACCCUCUGUACCUCUUCAACCAACUCAAAUACAAAAUCCACCACCAGUUCCUUUACCAAUCAAUCAACAUAAUACACAUCAACAACCACAACAAACACAAGAGGGGUCUGCUGAACAAGAAGAGAACGACGACUCAAUUUUAAAUACGUUGCAAUACCAACAACAGCUAUUACGAGAGUUAACACAACAAACGAACUCGAAUCCCCUCAGCAUGCCACUUGUUGGGAUGAUCACGUCAUAUCAACAAUUACCACAGAACCAGAGAAUACCACAAUUAUUGAGAAUCAUCAGCUCACUGAACGCUCAAGAGACUGCACUAAUGAGUGAAUUGGUGUCUAUGAUAGUGUCGAUUAACACUACUAUACAGAACGAUCCACAACAAAACAUGGUGCAACCAUUCCAACAAUUCCCUCAACCAAACGCCGCAUACCAAACGGAACAACAAGUUGGGAAUAACCAGUUUAAUCAAAUGGGAGUUAUGGGACAAACGAGUGGUAAUGUCACGGUGACUAAUAUGCAAAAUGUGAACAAUGUGACAACACAACAAGUGGGGCAGAAUUCACAAGGUGGACAACCAACACAAAACCAGAACAACUCCGUCGGUUCCCAAUACCCCUCAAGCUCAACACCACAACCCACCUUUCAGACUAAUACUACACCAUACUCCCCACAAGUCAAUUUCUCCGGUGGAGUCGAUGGCUCGUUUUAUCAAGACUCAAAUAACAAUUAA